UAAAGCACGUUGGACCAGAGUGUUCCUAAUUGCUCACUAUUGGAGCGCAGGCCAUUUGCGUGGUCCCAUGGGGAUGGGAGCAGGGUGACAUGGUGUGGGCUGGGGCUGAUGGUGCCGUGGGUCUGAGGCUGGCACAGCUCCUGCAGAGCGGCUCUGUGGGGCUGCCUGGCUCCGUCUAUGGCGGGGCUUUGGGGCAGGAUGUGGCUCUUCCUGUCUGGGGAAAGCUGAGUGGGAACAAGACUUGAAGGCCUUGUAUUGGAAAAGAAGAAUUGAAGGAAGAGUGGAAGCAGAGCUGGGAUCCCUCUGCUGGGACAGCCCUUCCCCUGCAGCAUGGCUGCCCCGUUCCAUGGAGACGUGCUCUUCCAGAUGGCUGAAGUCCACAGGCAGAUCCAGAACCAGCUGGAGGAAAUGCUGAAGUCCUUCCACAACGAGCUUCUGACACAGCUGGAGCAGAAGGUGGAGCUGGACUCGCGCUACCUGAGCGCUGCGCUGAAGAAAUACCAAACAGAGCAAAGGAACAAGGGCGACUCGCUCGACAAGUGCCAGGCUGAGCUGAAGAAGCUGCGGAAGAAGAGCCAAGGAAGCAAAAACCCCCAGAAGUACUCAGACAAGGAGCUGCAGUACAUCGAGGCCAUCAGCAACAAGCAAGGUGAGCUGGAGAAUUACGUCUCCGAUGGCUAUAAGACAGCUCUGACCGAGGAGAGGCGGCGGUUCUGUUUUCUGGUGGAGAAGCAAUGUGCUGUGGCCAAGAGUGCAAUCACCUACCAUGCUAAGGGGAAGGAGAUGCUGACACAGAAGCUCCCACUGUGGCAGCAGUCAUGCUCUGAUCCCAACAAGAUCCCGGACCGUGCCAUCCAGCUGAUGCAGCAGAUGGCUGCUAGCAGCAAUGGCACCAUCAUGCCUAGCCCUCUGUCUACAUCCAAGUCCAACCUCAUCAUCUCUGACCCCAUUCCUGGUGCCAAACCUCUCCCUGUUCCCCCGGAGCUGGCACCUUUUGUUGGACGCAUGCAGGAGGCCAUGCCGGCGGUGAAUGGAGUCUCGGGCCCAGACAGUGACGAUUACAACCACUGGUCUGAGGUGAAGCCAGCACAGCCCAAAUCUUUAUCUCCUCCCCAGCCUCAGAAGCAGCUGAGCGACUCUUACUCGAACACGCUUCCCGUUCGCAAAAACGUGACCCCGAAAAACAGCUACGCCUCAGCUGAAAACAAGACACUGCCACGCUCCAGCUCCAUGGCUGCAGGGCUCGAGAGGAACGGCAGGACGAGGGUGCAGGCCAUUUUCUCUCAUGCUGCCGGGGAUAACAGCACCCUCCUGAGCUUCAAGGAGGGAGACCUCAUCACACUGCUGGUGCCGGAGGCCAGGGAUGGGUGGCACUACGGAGAGAGCGAGAAAACAAAACUGAGGGGCUGGUUUCCUUUCUCCUACACACGUGUCCUUGACAAUGAUGGCAGUGAGCGGGUCCAUGCGAGCCUGCAACAGGGGAAGAGCAGCAGCACGGGCAACCUGCUCGACAAAGAUGACAUUGCCAUCCCACCGCCCGACUACGGCAUGUCCUCACAAGCCUUCCCAUCUCAGAACAUCAACACCUUCAAGCAGAGGCCGUACAGCGUGGCUGUGCCUGCCUUCUCCCAGGGUCUCGAUGACUAUGGGACGAGGUCUGUGAGCAGAAACCCCUUUGCCAACGUCCAGCUGAAACCGACCGUGACGAACGACCGCUCGGCGCCGCUCAUCAGCUGAUGCCGGGAGCGCUGCCGCCGCGUGGCACUGCCGCCUCCUCGUCGCCCGGCGCAUGGCUGCCUCCCAGAGCCGCCUUUUUAGGCAGAGUUUAUUUAAUCCUGCUGCUUUGAAAAGCCAAAGGCUAAAGCUUUAGUGCCCCGAUUUCCUCUCUUCUCUAGAUCCAGCUCGCUGAUUGCAGUGGUGGGGGUCAGAUGGCUGCCAAACAGCCUGAUGCCCCCCCCGGGUCAGACACCCCAUGCUCCUAGCUCGUGCCCCAUAGCCAGGUUUGCUUCUCAGAGUGGCAGCAGCUUGCAGGGGAGGGAGGAAGGCACGGGGGACACCCUGCUCAUGGGAUGCAGCGACAACGGGCGGGCAGGGGAGCCCCAGUCUCCCCUUAAGCAAAGGAGUUGCUGGUGCCAGUGCUGCAGCCCUGGGUCAGGGCUGGACUCUGCUCCCUGGGGCUGCUGCAGUGCCUCGGCCGUGUACAUAGGGGGGGUGUUACGGUACUACUGUAGGAUAUAAGCUAAGAAAUACACAAGGAGCAGAGGGCUCCGAGGAUAUGUGCCACGGGAUAGCCAGCACUGCUGUGCUCCUUCCCAGGCUCAGCCCCAGAGCCCUCCUGCUUUGCUGCUUCUCUUCCAUUAUUCCUAGGGCUGCAUGAGACUGAAAUAUAUACACCUAUAUACUCGCACCCCCAGCCCUGCCAAAGGGGAAGGGGUUUUUGAAGCAGGAGCUGCAUCUUUGCUGCAUGAUGCAGCUGGCACCAGUGAGGCACAGCUGGGAGCAGUGCUCAGAAGUUCUGCCUUUCCCAUUGUGUUGCACUUUUUAAAUUGUUUGAGCACAGAGGACCGCUCGGGUUGCUGUGACUGUAGGUUUAGCCCAGGUGGCAGAGAGCUGACUGCGUUGGUCACCGCUGGUGGGGUUCUGCUGUGGAGUGGCUUUCCAGUUAGAGCCAGCUGCUGGCACUGCUGUGCCCCCUUGCAUGGCUCGUGAAAGUGCCCUGCAGGAGAGCAUCCCCACCCAGGGCCAAAGUGAUGCUGGCUGCACCUGGGGUGCAUUUUGCUCCCGGACACAUUGCUGCUGUUUCUGUGGGGCUGGAGCAGCACUGUGACCCCCAGCAUUCUGCCCACCACAGCCCACCUCCAGGUGCUGUCCUCCGGCACCCUUGCAUCACGCAUGGGAAGCCACCACCUUGUCCCUAACUCUGCCCAUCCCAACAGCACCCCAAAAUGCAGUGCAGGGCUUGCACCCUGCCCAAUGUGCCCCAAGGAUGGUUGCAGCUGUGCCAACCCCAGGUCUCACCGUGUGGUGCCAACUCUUCUGCCACGCUCUGAGAGCCACUGUGUUGUGCCUCAGGGCAACAAGGGGCAGGGGAAGGCUCCGCUGCAUCUCGGGGCCUUCAGGAGGGCUGGGGGGCUCACAGCCGGGGUAGGGGGUGUGAGGAUGGGGUGUGCCUUGUCACCAGCCCCGUGUCGUCCUCUUCCAGCCCCGUAGGAGAGGCUGCUGAGCCUGAGGUUUCACUGCACCUCCUGCCUUGAUGGGCACCUGCAAGAUGUAACCUGAAAUUGUUUUGUUUUGUUUUUUAAUGAGAGGACAAAAAAAAAAAGAAGUAAUUUAUGAGCAAUAAAAUUUACCUCCCCACCACUGGGCACCCCGCGUUU